CACACACAACCAGGCACACCAUGAGCAGAGAAGGUUUCGUCGCACCACAGAACUUGAGUUCCGCAGCUUCUGGCUUCACGUCGAACAAGAACAACACUGUGAAGUACAUCUGUACGAGUUGUGCCACCAACGUGUCGCUUGGUAGAAACGAUGCCAUCAGAUGUAGCUCUUGCGGCCACAGGGUGCUCUACAAGGCCAGAACCAGAAGAAUGGUGCAAUUUGAAGCCAGAUGAGACGUGCUGGCACCGUCCAGACGUGGAGAGUGGGCUGCUGCUGCUGUUGGUGUCGUCCGUGUGGUUCGAGUGCGUCAGUCUCAUGAUUGGCAUUAUCCUAUCGAUUCAUACUGAUGGCCAUUACGAGCGAUAUAGGACGUGGAUCCAGAGCAGUACACGCAGCGUCGUCUAGGGACCCAGAAUUCAACAGACAAGGGAGAGAAAGAAGA